UGCACAUUUGACUGGAACACCCAGCAGGACGCUGUGGCCCCGCCCCUUCCUCUUCUCAACACGGCAGGACGCCAGACGAACUCAACUUCAGGAGGACUUUAGUCCAUGAAAAAUGUCUCUUUUCUUCCUGGCACUUCAUGCCUUGGCCGUCCUGCUGGUGGUCCUGCUGGUGGCCUUGCUGGGCUUCUGUGUCUACCUUAAAUAUGUACACAUGAAGUAUGACCACAUACCUGGACCACCGCGGGAAAGUUUUUUCUUCGGACAUUCCUCGACUAUGUUGAGGACGAUGGAAAAGGGGAGAAACUUGCACGACCUGCUUCUGGAAUGGGCAGAAGCUUAUGGAUCCGUGUACAGGAUCAACGCCUUGCACUACGUACUUGUGUGCACCACCAGUCCCGAGGCCACCAAGGAAGUCCUGAUGUCCCCAAAGUAUCCCAAAGACCUCUACCUCCACAAACGACUCUUCAGCCUGUUUGGUCAAAGGUUCUUGGGCAACGGGCUGGUGACAGCCAGGGACCAUGACCAGUGGUAUAAACAACGACGCAUCAUGGACCCCGCCUUCAGCAGCCUGUAUCUGCGCAGUCUGAUGGGGACGUUCAACGAGCGAGCAGAGGUGCUGACCUCCAAACUGUCGGAGGUGGCAGACAGAAGAGCAGAGGCCAACAUGCUGCAAGUCGUCAACCGCGUCACCUUAGACGUCAUCACCAAGGUCGCCUUUGGUGUGGAUCUGGAGCUCCUGGAGAACACUUCACUCUUUCCCAAGGCCAUCGAGGCGUGUCUUCGAGGGAUGAUGCACAAUGUGCGCAAUGCCGCCUUCCAGCUGUACCCCAAGAACUGGGCCUUUGUCAAGGAGGUGAGGGAAGCGUGCAAGCUGCUGCGCUCCACCGGCGCCCAGUGGAUCCACAACAGGAAGGUGGCCAUCAAGAGCGGCGCCGACGUGCCCAAAGACAUCCUCACGCAAAUCAUCAAGGCGGCCAGCAAAGAGGAAAGCAUGACCAAAGAGGACCAAGAGGUCAUGCUGGACAAUUUUGUCACCUUCUUCAUCGCAGGACAGGAAACCACGGCCAACCAGCUGGCUUUCUGCAUCAUGGAGCUCGCUAGACAUCCUGACAUCCUGGACAAAGCCAAGAAGGAGGUGGACGACGUCAUUGGGAUGAAACGUGACAUCAGCUACGACGAUCUGGGCAAGCUAGUUUACCUUUCGCAGGUUCUUAAAGAGACUUUAAGGUUGUACCCAACAGCUCCAGGAACGUCCCGUGAUCUCCCCAACGACAUCAUCAUCGAUGGCGUCCACGUACCAGCAGGCGCCGCUAUCAUCUUCAGCUCCUACAUGUGCGGCAGAAUGGCCAAGUUCUUCAAGGACCCGCUGGAAUUUAACCCCGAGCGCUUUCACCCCGAUGCUCCCAAGCCUUAUUACUGCUACUUCCCCUUCUCCCUGGGCCCCCGCUCCUGCCUGGGAAUGAACUUUGCUCAGAUGGAGGCCAAAGUGGUGAUGGCCAAGAUCCUGCAGAGGUUUGACUUCACCCUGACGCCCGACCAGAGCUUUGACAUCCUGGACGUGGGCACCCUGAGGCCCAAGGGCGGGGUGGUGUGCUCCAUCAGACACAGGAAGGACAGAGCAUGAUUACCGCCUCUUUCUAUGCAAAGGAGGCAAACAUCGAUGAGUUGCCACUAUCGGUGGGGGUGGUGGGAUUACAAUCAGAAUCAGCCUAUUCUUUUUUAAUUUCACUUUCACUGUCGGCUUACAUCAAAUGGAAAACUCUGAGGUUUAAAUGCCACUGUAUAUCAACAUAAUGUAUAAGCCUGCAGGUCAUCUGGUGGCAUCUACUUUACUUCAGAAAUAAGUUAUUUUUAUCAAAACGCCACUCACGACGAGCUUGUCGACCCCUCACAGGAGGUCCUGAUAAAUCAUGAUAUAACAGUAGACAACCGGUGAUGGCGUUACUAACGCCGUUACUCUUUCAGCAACGGCUAAUCUGACUCAUUACUUUUACUGUCAGCAUAACGCCGUUACGGCACGCAAGGGAGGGGCGGGAUAACCACAUAAGCGAUGAGGAUUGGCUCGGGUUUUAGUCAAAUUGCGUCUUCAGCCAAUCAGAGCACGUGAGUGGGCGGGUGUUUAGCGCCCGUCCAAACAGCGUUUGCCAAAUGGAAAGUACAGACACUACUUUAACCUCGUUGAUGUCAAAGGUGAAAUGUAUAUUAUGUCCCCGAAAAAAAAACUUUGUCCACGUCUUCUGUGAGUAAACAAUGGUACCCGUCUUUUUGUGUUGUCGUGUUCAAUAAACGGAGCCUUCACGUCC